UCGCAGUUCUCGCACAGCGCCAUGGGAGGAUACUGCAACGGCACCAUCAGCACCAUGUCAGACCUGCCGUCCUACCAGGAGAGCAUGAGGAACGGCGCGACGGCCACGGCUUGGUACGGCUCGAACCCGGAGCCCAGAUACCCGACAAUCUCCAGGUUUAUGGGCCCCUCGGCGGGCAUGAACAUGGGAACAUUACCGGGCAUGGAUGCAAGUAAAUCUAUGGUGACUUUACACGCGGCGCCGCGGAGGAGACGGCGCGUGCUCUUCUCUCAGGCGCAGGUGUAUGAGCUGGAGCGCCGCUUUAAGCAGCAGAAGUAUCUGUCGGCGCCGGAGAGGGAACAUUUGGCCAGCAUGAUUCACCUGACCCCGACCCAGAUCAAGAUCUGGUUCCAGAAUCACAGGUAUAAAAUGAAACGCCAGGCGAAGGAUAAAGCGCCGCAGCCGCAGCAGGACAGCGGAAACCUGUGCACGCAGCAGUCGCCGAGGCUCGUGGCUGUGCCGGUGCUGGUUAAGGACGGUAAACCGUGUCAGAACGGCUCCAGCACGCAGACGUCGGUCCAUCAGCAGGUGCAGAACGUGCUGGGCAGUGAGACUUUAGCUUCAGCAGAGGAUCUGGAGGAGAUGUCGCCCAGUCCUCCUCUGAUGAACAGCCUCUCUCAGACUGACGCCGCGCUCAUCGAGUACACCAGCGGCAUGGGGAGCUCCAACCUGCUGUACGGCAGAACGUGGUGAUAUUUCAGCCAGCGGGCAUUUUUACCAC